UUCUGACAUAGACAUACUUAACCAAACCAUCUAUUUUUUUGAUUUUGGGAAUAGAGUUAUUUCCAGAAUCAAAACCAAUGGUUCUGAUCAAACAGUUGUUGUCCAAUCAGGCAUGAUAUAUGUGGUAGGUCUAGCUGUUGACUGGAUUGGCCGCAAUUUAUACUGGACCGAUAGUUCGAAGAGGACAAUCGAAGUAUCAAAUCUUCGAGGUGACCAUAGAAUGAUUUUGUUAAAACAAAAUCAGUCUCGUCCAAGGGCCAUUAAAGUUGAUCCACGGGAAGACUUCCGGUACUUGUUCUGGACAGAAUGGCAAGUGAACCCUAGCAUCCACCGUAUGGAUCUUGAUGGAGAAAAUGAAAUUGUUAUAGUGAACAAAAAACUAUUCUGGCCUGUUGGUCUUGCAAUAGAUUUUCCAAACAAAAGACUUUAUUUCAUUGAAGGCCGGAUGGAUUACAUUGGAUUCUGUGGAUACGAUGGGAGUGGACGGACACAGCUUUUUGCUAACGAACAU